AGUCAGAAUGCCUCAACUUGGCUUUUCAUUCUGGUGGUGAUUCUCGAGCUGUGCAGUUAUGAAUUGAUUUAGCGCAGGAUUUAUCUUUUGUGCAUUUUCAAGAAGAAACAUAAUAACAAUUAUAAUUGUAAAACAUAUUCAGUGAUUGAGAGUGAAAUUAAAUGUUCUGACAAUUAUGAUUGUGCAGAAUAAUUUGAAGAUUUAAGAAAAGUGAAGACAUUCGGUGAUCGUGACAACAGACUUGUGACGCGAAGUUAAGAAUUUUCUGCGUCACUAUCACUUAAUUGGUAAACCGCCAGGAGCCACGUUCGCCUGGGACACUCAUGCGAAGCGGAGACGGCCCAGAUCUCAGCUCACCGUCCAUGAUUCCUAGGGAAAUUGCUCCAGUGAGGAAAUGCCACUUGCAGACGCCGACUGCCAAUUUUGUUCGCUCCACGGUAGACAGUGAAGAGAGUCGCGAUGGAGUGGUUGCUGGCGAAUCCGCAGAUCCACAGCAUCUUCGCCUCGCUUGGCGCGAUGCACGGCGACACUUACGAGGCCAGUGAGAAUUGCCUCGAACUCCUUGGAGAAAUCAACUAUAAGCUAUCGAUUGAGGAUCACACACUGAGGACUUUCAGGCGAGCCAUUGGCUUCAGCCAGUGCAUCAAGAAGGAUAUCAUUCCACUGCUGCUUAAUGUGAAAGAUGAGAAGCUCAUUGAGGCCACGAUUAGGAUUCUGGUCAAUCUCACGGUGCCCGUGGAGUGUUUGCUGCCCAUGGAGAUGAUGAGUCGCACCGAUGUUGGGCGUCACACCAUCUUCGAGCUGAACAAGCUGUUGGUGCAGAGCAAGGAGGCCUUCACGGACAGCAAAGCCACCAAGGCGGUGCUGGACUACAUGCGCAGCAUCCUCGAGCGGGAGGGAAAGCUGAGUGUGGAGCAGUGCGACGGGAUCAACAACUGUCUGCUUUUGCUGCGGAAUAUUCUGCACAUCCCAGAGCCGCAGAAGGAGCACCACGGCAGCCAUCACGGCGGGACGUCCAUGCAGAACCAGAUAGUGUGGAAUCUGUUCACGCAGAGCGUGGACAAGCUCCUCAUCCACCUGAUGUCGUGCCCACAGCGAGCGUACUGGGGCGUGACGAUGGUGCAGGUGAUUGCGCUCAUGUACAAGGAUCAGCACGUCGGCACGCUGCAGAAGCUGCUCAGCAUCUGGUUCGAGUCGUCCAUAUCCGAGAGCUCGGAUGACAAUGAGUCCAACACGUCACCGCCAAAGCAGUGCUCAGGCGACUCCAGCCCGAUGCUCACCUCCGAUCCCACUUCCGACUCCUCGGACAAUGGAGACUUUGUGAUCGCAGGCAGUAGCAAGAUGGUCCACGAGGAGAGACGCAACUCCACCACUGUGCAGGAGACCUCGGACUCCUCCAUGCAGGAGUCGCCGCAGUUCUGUCGCAUGGAAUCCAUGCGCAGCAAGACGAAGCAGCCCCAUCCCAAGCCGGCGUUCAGCUUCACGGGCGAGAAACAGGCUAUUGGUCCGCAACAAGGACCAUCCCAGAAGGUAGGUUCAGGUGCAGGCAAUGCUCAGAACACCGCAGGGCCCUCCUCACAGUCGGAGUCCGACUGUGGCUACGGCACUCAGGACCAGCACGAGUCCAUCUCUACGUCCAGCAACGAGGACGAGACGCCACAGCAGAAGCCGGUGCACCAGAAGCCGCCAUGCAAUCAGAAGCAGCGAUACAAUGCGGCCAACAAGCAGAGGAGUGCCGCAACGGUGCAGGACAAGAAGGAGUUGCGCAGGAAGAAGCUCGUGAAGCGCAGCAGGAGCAACAUAAUCAACAUGAAAGGACUGCUCUAUCACACGCCUACUGACGAGGACAUCUCCAACAUACUGAAGGAGUUCACAGUGGACUUUCUCUUGAAGGGAUACGGUUGUCUGGUGCAAGAACUCCACGCACAACUCCUGACUGAUUUGCAAGUGCAGAUCGAUACAUCCCACUUCUUCUGGCUAGUCACGUACUUCCUGCGCUUUGCUGCCCAAUUGGAAUUGGAUCUUGAGCACAUCCACUCCGUGCUGUCCUUUGAGAUUGUCAGCUAUCUGACUUACGAGGGGGUGAGUUUAUGUGAACAACUAGAUUUGGCUACCAAGCAGCAAAGCCCAGAUCUCAAACCAUGCCUUCGACGGAUGCAUCUCGUAGUCACAGCCAUAAGAGAGUUCCUGCAGGCUCUUGAGACAUACAAGAAGGUCAGCCAUCUCAAUGACGAGGACAAGGAGCACCUGAAGUUCCUGCAGUUGCAAAUUGGCGCCACGGAGGAUCUCAAGUGCCUCUUCAUGCUGCUGCUGGGGCGCUUCAAUCCGGAGUUGCAGAGCAAGCAGUAUCUCACGGACCUGAUUGUCACCAAUCACAUUCUUCUGCUGCUGCUGGAGGGCGUUGCGAAAUUCCCGGAACACAAAGGCAGCACCAAGAUGCUGGAACACAUCAAACAGUUCGCCACCGUGGAGAUCAUGCAUCACUACGGACUGCUGCUGGAGGACUUUCGUGAUAAUGGGGAGUGUGUGAAUGACUGCAUUUUCACCAUGAUGCACCACAUUGGUGGGGAUUUGGGACAGGUGGCCACACUCUUUCAGCCGAUCAUUCUCAAGACGUACACCCAAAUCUGGGAGACGGACUACGAGUUGUGUGAUGACUGGUCCGAUUUGAUUGAAUACGUAAUCCACAAGUUUGUCAACACACCCCAGCAACCACCUCUCGAGCUGCCCAAUCCGUCGUUCAGUCUUGAGCCCGGACAGAAUGGAGAAACCGUGGCGGCUUCUGUAUGGACUAAAGAAGAGAUCGACACUCUCUACUGGUACUACUUGCAGAGCAAAAAGUCCAGCGAUGUCAUAGGCAGCAUUCUCAGGCAGUUCCAAGACAAUGGCACUCGCCACAAGACGCGCAUUGACAUCAUUCAGCAGCUUCUGCAGCAGGACAUAAUCACUCUGCUGGAGUUUGAUGAUUUCAUGAAGGCGGAAGACGCGCACUAUGAGCGAGAUAUAAAGACACCGGGAGCUUCCAUCAGCACUGCUGAGAGUGGGAUUGAACUGAAGGACAGUGUCACGCCGACAAAGGCCACAGAUGAUAUUCAGGUGCUUCGUGAUCGUCUCUACAAAGAGAACAAAGGGAAGUUUGUUCUGUGGCUGCAGAAGGUUCUCGUUGAGUGUUGCUUCAUCAAGUUGUGCAUAAGUCAGGGCAAAGUCACAUCCAAAGACAUCACCGUGGAGUCAGAGGUGAAGACAAUGGAGCCCGUUCCGCAUCACUGCAUUUUGAAGAAGCAGUCCAUCCCUGUGGUGCCGUGGACAGGAGAACAAUGCGCUGUGCUGCUGUAUCAACCCUUUAUGCUGCUCUUGCACAAAUUGGGCUUCCACUUGCCCGUGGAUGCGGGAAAGUUGUUCAUUCGCAUCCCAGAGUUCUGGACGGCUGACAUUCUCUACAGCAUUGCUGAGAAAUUGGGCCCAAUCGAUAAAUGUCUGCUGAAGUUCGAUGUGAAUCAAUUGAAGGGAUCACAGUGUGACAGCCACUUUAGCGCGAAACAGGAUGGCCUGCAGACCUCCAGUGAACACUUCGCCAUUCCUGGACUGAAGCAAACCAGCUCCAUCAUUAGAUUCACACCUGAGCCCACAUCGACGCCUUCUCUGCCCAAUUGGCUGCAGAUCGUCAUGCAGAGCAAGAGUGCGCUCGAUCAGAGUUCCGAUACUGAUGUCUCCAUUCACGCCGGCCUUCCGAGUCCCACAGCGGAACGAGUAGCCAAGACGGGCAUCUUUGGGGGCUCUCCGGAGACCCUCCUCGUGGAAGUGGUGCACUUGAGCGACAAGGACGACAGCGAGAAGCUCAACGACGACUCCCAGUCCACAGUUUGCAAUGCCUCCGUCCAGGAGGACGUGGCCAGCAACUGCGACACUGCGUCCGUGGCGUCCAAUCUCACGCGAAUGUACGUGAGUGAUGAAGACGAGAAGCCAGACAUCAGACCGCGACCGCUCUAGCUCACCGUUAAGAUACUAUGCUAUAUGUAGUUCAGAGUAUAUGUUAUUUUAUAUGGAUAAUCAGCUACAAUUAAGGCCACACUGUCGCCAAUUAUUUAUCAAUUGUUAUAAAAUGCACUUGGGCUCUUGCCGGGGGUGAAUUUUGACAAUUCCCCCAUAUUUAUGCAUUCUACGGAUUUAUAUAGUAACAUAUAAUUGUCGUCAUGCUGGACAUUGUCAACAGUUUUGUCAAUUUUGCUAUCUAUUUACCAUAUUAUUUAUGAAUGAUGCACGGUUCACUGGACUUACAAACUCCGCGAACGGAGAAACAGGCUGAGAAAGUACAAUAGUUUGAAGUCUCAUGAUUUUAACACACGCCUAAUAGUGAUAUUCCAUCCAGAAAAUAUUCAUGACAAAAAGAGAGUUUCAGGAACAUUUUCCACCUUCCACUCGACAAAACCUCCUCCCGGCGCAGCUUUGCCAUUAAAUAAGCCAUAUAUGUAGAGGAUCUAAUUUCUCGCACGUACAGAUGCGUGUGUGAGAUAAUGCUGAUUAAUAUCAUUUCGGUGACUUCAUAAAUCAACAUAAUCGGUAGUAUAGGUUUGAAUAGCGUCAUAAAUACACAGGUUCACAACACAAUGUCCAAUGAGUUUUGCCUCUCAAUAUCUCAACAUUGCAUUUUGCUGGUCUACUUUUUAUGGGCGACAGAGAAGGAAAAGUGAAGAAAAUAUUAACUUUAAGGUCAUAUUGUGUUUUUAAGUUUAUGAUGGUAACAAAGCGAUAUUACAUUCUCUCUCUCACAACAAAUAUACUCUUGAUUUCAUUCAUUUUUGUUAAGUGCCAACCAUUGUGGACGAAAUUUCCUGAUCGCGCCUAAAAUGAAUUUAUAGGGAAAAUUUGCUGGAACAAAGUAUUAAAAUCACUUCCAUCCGAUACCAAAGGAAGGAUGGAAUGAUGUGUUUGUGGAGACCAACUCUUAUGCCAAAAUAAAUAAAUAAAUAAAUUGUUUGUUUAGAGAAAUCACAUGAUGUAUGUAUUUUAUGAUGGAUGUUUUUUGCUUAUAGUUUUCAGUGAGGAAACACGCGAAAACAAACCCAAAAAAGAGAAAUUCAUAUGUAGAACAAUUAAAAAAAUAUUAUGUAUUUUUUGAAAAAUAAAAGACAUUUGCAAUAUAA